AUGAUUAUGUUAAGGCGUAACCAAGAAAGACCUUGUGAUCUAUCCCAAAACGUGAACCAAAGGAAGGAAAAUUGCAACAUCCAAAGCCUCGGAUCGCUUUCCACAAUUUUCACAAUUAUUGGGGGGAGGGGCAGAAUUCUUUUAUUUCAACGCAUGAUUUCCUCCCUUAUCCCUCCGGUAGCCGCUUUAAGUUAGAAACCGGAAGUGAGGGCUGCGUCCGACGGUCACAUAUUUAGCUCUAUGGUACUUAACGAGCACCUCAAACUGAUGGCUCGAAAACUAGAGACUCCGCUAACAAAACACAGGGAGGCCCUCUCCGCGCUGGAGGCCCUUUACUUCCGGCUAGAUCUCGCCAGUCGCGCGCAGCUCAUUCGAUUUUCAGCCUUCUCCCCCCUCCCCCAUCUUUGCCCGCCCACAACAGCCCUUAAAUGACAGAUGUGGAAGAAGGCGAGGGCAUUGUCAUGGCAACUCCCUAGAAGCAGGCGGAAGAGCCAAUCAGAUGGACGAUUUAACGGAGGAGAGGAGAUGACGACACGAGGAGGGCCCACCGCGUAGUGAUUUCGCGCGGGAGAUUUAGUCGGCUUUGUGGUGCUUAUCGUACAGAUUGCUGCUAGUCGGUUUAUGUGGAAAAAAUGCAGUUUUCUUCAUAUGUCAAACGGGGAGUUUUGAAAUUGGGGGAUAAACAAGAGUCAUAUCCUCUUAGUGUCCAGUUCUAUCUGCAGCCCCCUACUGAAAAUAUUUCUCUGAUGGAGUUCGAAAGUUUUGCAGUUGAUAGAUUAAAAUUACUCAAAACAGUUGAGAACUUGGGUGUGAGUUAUGUGAAAGGUGGUGACUCUUACCAAGAAAAGCUACAAUCGGAACUUCGACACCUUAAAUUUCCAUAUUAUGCUUUGAUUGAAGAUGAUUAUGAUGCAAGAAGAAAAGACCAUAUUUCUCAUUUUAUACUGCGCCUUGCCUACUGCCAAUCGGAGGAGCUUAAGAGAUGGUUUAUCCAACAAGAAAUGGAUCUCUUCCGUUACAGAUUUAAUCAGCUAUCUCAUCCUUUAGUUGAAAGAUUUCUUCAGUAUGCUAACUUGGGGUAUGAUAUUCUUCCAGAAACUGAAAAGCUGAAGAAGGCAGACAAACUAAUCAGUGCAACACCUGGAAUUGGUAUCAAUGAACUGAAAAAUAAUGUCUUCUAUAAGGUCUCUUUCUGUGAUGCUGUGGAUUUAGUUCGUAUAAGAAAAGUUUACUUGCUUGGUGGAUAUGCCUAUGUUCCUCAGCAGGAUUUUGUUACCAUUGUCCUGAACAAUUACAGAACCAAACUAUCAAAAGCUCUGGCCCUAACAGCACGAUCACUGCCUAUAGUGCAAACUGAUGAGAGACUUCAACCCCUGCUCAAUCACCUCAGCCAUGCAUACGUUGGUCCAGACUAUAAUAUUGAAAAAGCAAUGGGCAAAAUUUCAUUGGAACAAAUUGAUGCUCUUUCGGUUAAAUCAUUUCCUCUCUGCAUGCGCCAGCUCCACAAAGCUCUGCGUGAUAACCAUCAUCUCCGUCAUGGAGGCCGUAUGCAAUAUGGCUUAUUUCUCAAGGGCAUUGGCUUAACACUAGAGCAAGCUCUGCAAUUCUGGAAAUCUGAAUUCAUCAGAGGAAAGAUAGACGCAGACAAGUUUGAUAAAGGAUAUGCUUACAGCAUCCGGCAUAACUAUGGAAAAGAAGGCAAGAGAACGGAUUAUACUCCAUACAGUUGCAUGAAAAUUAUCCUAUCCAAUCUCCCAGGCCAAGGGGAUUAUCACGGAUGCCCGUUUCGCCACAGUGACCCAGAGCUGCUGAAGCAGAAGCUUCAGUCAUAUAAAAUACCUCCUUCUGGAAUCAGUCAGAUUUUGGACUUGGUGAAAGGUAUGCAUUAUCAGCUGGCCUGUCAAAAAUACUUUGAACUGACUCAUGAUGUCAAAGAAAUUGGUUUUUCUCUGAGCCAUCCCAAUCAGUACUUUAUAGAAAGUCAGCAGCUACUUGGUGGCUCCAAAGAAAUAAAAAAAGAUGAAAGGCAGCUUGAAAGCUCCCACGUGAAACCCAGCAGCGGGACACGGGCAGAUAUACCUACAGCUCCCUCUUUAAGUACAACAGAAGAAAUGGAACUGGAGGGACUUGAGGAUUACUUUGCUGAAGAUUAAACAAUUUUAUCAUUUUUCUGGUUGCUUCCUAUAAUCUUCGUAUAUUACAAAGUGGUGCCGUGUAAAUGAUGUAUAAAGACAUUGUAAAUGUGCGGAGUUGUCUUCUACAUAGAAAGUGCAGAACGGUAUAUUUGUGAUAUAAAAUAGUUUGAAAAACAGACAUUUCUUGUAAGCACAAAAAUAAGUUGCAAGAUUGAGCAAUAAAAUAGUUCAAGUCACAUUUCUGUUUCCAUGGGCAAAUGCUAGAGUUGUAGGCUUUCUAUCAUACAGUGUUACCCUAUUUCAUUCUCUUUUAACUCCCAAGUCUUUUUUCUUGAUAGAACUGAUUUUAAAAUAUAGAGAAGUGCAGGUAUUUAUAAUGCAGUUUAGGUCAUUCAUGCAAGAUCUAUUGUAUCAUAAACAAUUCAUGAUUACUUUAUGAAUUCCUCUUAAAAUGCAAAAUCUUCUUGCUGUGAUUUCAAGCAGCAAAGCCUGUUUCAAAAGGAAACAAGAUUUUAAAUGCAUGUUGUUAAAUUUACAUAUUAAAGCCUGUACAAUUAAAAAUGAGUAGCUUUAUAUUUA